AAUCGAUAAGCCGAAAAGCAAAAUGGCAGACGUAGAAAACGAAACCGAGAAGAAAAUCUUGUAAAUAAUCCGUAAAAAAUUGCAUAUUUGUCGCAAAUAUUAUGCCAAUUGCGCGAAUCGCGAGUGCAUAAUAAAACGUAACGUGUAAUUUGUUUGCUGAGCCCAUUUCGGCCACCAGCAAGUGCUCGCGUGUGUGUCUGCGGCGGCAAAAGCAAAGCCCAGAGUAAUAUAGAGUAAUCCCAAUCAAAAUUCGCUCGAACGCGACAACCAAAACAGCCAAACAAAGCAACAAAUGUGGCGACAAUGCCAACCAGCGGGCACGGGCAUGAUUUAAAAAACAUUCUCAAAAUGUGCAAUUUGCAAAAACAAAUAAUAUUACUACAAUAAAAACGUAGGAAAAAAGGGAUGUUCGAGUAAAGUAAUAAUAAUAAUAAUAACAUUUUGGAUGUGAGAACAGCGCAGUGAUUUAAUAAUACGUUUUUUGAGAUCGCAAAAAGUGCGUGCGAAAAACAAAAAUAAUCAAAACGACGAAGGAGAGAGACAAGAACAACAAUAACACAAAAGCGCGGUGGGAGCGGCAGGCAGAAGAGCGCGCUGUUAUUGCUGUAGAGCAGUGCACGGCACAAGACUGCAAAGUGGCGGCGCUACUCGGGAUUAGUGCUGGUGCAGCGGCAGCGGCGGCGUCCAUGUUCCACGGGCGGCAGCAGCAGCAGCACAACAACAACAACCACCAAAACAAAAACAGCAGCAACAAUAACACAAAUUAUAAUCAGCAUAUUUAUAAUAUACACAACAACAACAAUUCAAAGACCAGAAGAUUGCAACAGCAGCAGCAACAACAACCGGCGGUUUGGUUGUGGUGUCGUCAAUUGUGGCCUUAAGCAUGUAGUCGCACUUGGCAGACAUUAAAAGCAAACGCGGGAGGUCUAAGUCUUAAGCACAAUUCGAGAGCCGAGACAGAACUGAAACGGUUCAACGAAGACGCGAAACCAGAUCAACUACACAAAGUAAACAAAAGCACACAAAAACACAACACCAAUGAAAAAUGUCACAAAGAGGUAAACGCGGUAAUCAGCAGCAGCUGCAACCGCCGCAGCAGCCGCCGCAGCAGCAGCAGCGACAGGAUGUUGAACCGCAACCGCCGCCCACGAAGCGACGCAAAGGUCGUCCGCCCAACGGUGCCCCAACAGCUGCUGCAGCAACAACGGCAACAGCGGCGACAACUGCAGCCACCGCAACAGCAGCAGCAAAUGCAGCAUCAUCCUCAAGUACAGCAGGAACAGGAACUGCGUUGGAGCAACAUGAGCACAGUCCGCAGGCAAAGUCAGCAACAACGAAGCUGCCGGGCAAGGCUAAAUCGGCCAGCAAAUGUAAAUCGCAGGGCAACAACAGCAAUAGCAAUAACAACACCAACAACAGCAACAAUAGCGGCAGCAAUAGCACGUGGCAAGCACGCUCCGUGGCCGAUAUUAAAAUGUCGAGCAUCUACAAUCGCAGCUCAACAGAAGCGCCAGCUGAACUGUAUCGCAAGGAUCUCAUUAGCGCAAUGAAAUUGCCAGACUCAGAGCCAUUGGCCAACUACGAGUAUCUGAUUGUAACCGAUCAAUGGAAGCAGGAAUGGGAAAAGGGUGUCCAGGUGCCCGUCAAUCCCGAUUCGCUGCCCGAGCCGUGUGUUUAUGUGCUGUCAGAGCCAAUUGUGUCGCCAGCGCAUGACUUUAAACUUCCAAAAAAUCGUUUCCUGCGCAUCACCAAAGACGAACACUACUCGCCGGAUCUGCAUUGCUUGACGAAUGUGGUCGCCCUGGCGGAGAACACAUGUGCCUAUGACAUAGAUCCAAUCGAUGAGGCCUGGCUGCGUCUUUACAAUGGGGAUCGCGCUCAAUGCGGUGCAUUUCUCAUCAAUGAAACGCAAUUUGAGCGGGUCAUCGAGGAGCUAGAGGUGCGUUGUUGGGAGCAAAUUCAGGUCAUACUUAAGCAGGAGGAGGGAUUGGGCAUUGAGUUUGAUGAGAAUGUUAUAUGUGAUGUUUGUCGAUCGCCCGACUCUGAGGAGGCCAACGAAAUGGUAUUCUGUGAUAAUUGCAAUAUCUGCGUGCAUCAGGCUUGUUACGGCAUUACAGCGAUUCCAUCAGGUCAAUGGCUUUGUCGUACAUGCUCAAUGGGUAUUAAGCCGGAUUGUGUGCUGUGUCCGAACAAAGGCGGCGCUAUGAAGUCGAAUAAAUCGGGCAAACAUUGGGCGCAUGUAUCAUGCGCACUCUGGAUACCGGAAGUGAGCAUUGGCUGUGUUGAUCGCAUGGAGCCGAUUACAAAAAUCUCAAGCAUUCCCCAAAGUCGCUGGUCAUUGAUUUGUGUUCUGUGUCGGGAGCGCGUGGGCAGCUGUAUACAGUGCUCGGUGAAGACCUGUAAGACUGCCUAUCAUGUGACCUGUGCCUUUCAGCAUGGGCUCGAGAUGCGUGCCAUCAUCGAGGAGGGCAAUGCCGAGGAUGGUGUCAAAUUGCGUUCCUAUUGCCAAAAGCAUAGCAUGAGCAAGGGCAAAAAGGAGGGUGCAAGUGCCAGCAGUCAUCAUCAUCAUCAUACAUCCGCCGCCAGUAGCAUGCAAAAGAAUAAUAAAUUUGCCAGCACUGGCGCCGCUGCUGGCGAUGGCAGCAAUACGCCCGGCGGUGGCAAAGGUGAGGAUCAUCGCAGACGCAAGAAUCAUCAUCGCAAAAACGACAUGACCUCCGAGGAGCGUAAUCAAGCGAGAGCGCAGCGCUUACAGGAGGUGGAGGCGGAGUUUGAUAAGCAUGUGAAUAUCAAUGACAUUAGCUGCCAUUUGUUUGACGUCGACGAGGAUGCGAUCGUGGCCAUUUACAACUAUUGGAAACUGAAGCGAAAGUCUCGACACAAUCGUGAACUCAUACCACCCAAGUCCGAGGAUGUGGAGAUGCUGGCACGCAAGCAGGAGCAACAGGAUCUCGAGAAUCAUAAACUGGUCGUGCAUUUGCGUCAGGAUCUGGAGCGUGUGCGUAAUCUGUGCUAUAUGGUCAGUAGACGUGAAAAGCUUUCGCGUUCGUUGUUCAAGCUGCGCGAACAAGUUUUCUAUAAGCAGUUGGGUGUGCUCGAUGAGGCUGUGCAGCAGCAGCAGGCGGCAGAGAGCAGCGCCAGUGGCAGCGGCAGCGGCAGCGGUAAUAAGCAGCAACAGCUGCAACGUCCCGCAUUGGAUACGGAUGCCAUUAUUUAUGCGAAUGAUGGACCAACGCUAUAUGAUCGAUUCUAUAGCUCGACGGAUCAGCAUACUGUGCCGGCGCAGUACCAGAGCUUACAAUAUAUACUGGAGCAGCUGAUGGGCAAGGUGCAGGCACGUGGACGCGCCUCACAAUCGCCCACCAAACGCAAACAGGCGGCGAUCAAGAGUUCGCCCAAAAAGAAACUCAACAAUGGUGCAAUAUCAACAACAACAACAACGACAAAUACAACUACGACAACGCCAUCAACGGCAACGGGAGCGGCAACAGCAACAACACCAGCUGCAGCUGCUACAACAACGUCAGCCAAUACAAUGGCCAACAAGGCCAACAAGCCACGCGGCUCGCCAAGGGCGCCAGCAACGGCGUCUACGGCGAUGCCGUGUGCGGGGAGGCGUGCCUCAAAGAGCGGGACGACAACGGCGGCGACGUCGAGUCAUCAUAAACCACACAAAUCAAAUGCAACGGCUGGCGGAACGUCCGCCGUUACGUCAAGCGGCAGUUCAUCAUCGGGUGAUUCCAGCUCGGCGCAUGAUAGCAGCAGCAGUAGCGCCAGCAGCAGUUCUUCCUCCGAUUCCGGCAGUGCCAGCGGGUCGGCCAGCGACUCCGGCAGCGAUAGCAACAGCAACCGCAGCUACAACCACAACAAGGGCAGUCAAGCAGCCACAACAGGCAAGGUCAGAAAGCAAUCGUAUGCGAGAAGCGUUGAGCAGCGACAAAAGCAACGGCAACGGCGUCAAAGUGAAGCAGCUGCGGGUGCGUCUGCGGCGUCUGGCGAUGCCCGCACCAGCUGCAGUUCCUCCAGCGACGAAGACGAUGAACGGCGCGAGCGGAAUCGUGAACGGGAACGUGAACGGGAGAGGGAAAGGGAGCGAGAGCGUGGCAAGCAGCGCGUUAAUAAGUCAGCAGUACCUGCUAAAUCGCAAGCAUCUAAGUCAAAGCACAGCACAACAACCGCAACAGCAGCAGCAGCAGCAACAUCAACUGGUGCGGCGGCUCGUCGAAAGCUUUCCAGCAAUGGAACAACUGCAGCAGCAACAGCUGCAGCAGCGUCCACGACGACACGCGGCCUUGCUCAAAUGGACAAGGAAAUGCAACAGCAAGAUCCAGGCAGUUUGUCCAGCGAUGAAAGUGAGGAGUUGCUGCCGCUAAAGCCGGCCGAGAUGAGGCGCCAUCUAACCACUGGCAACACAUCGUCGAGCACAGCAAACGCAGGGUCAACAAUGGCAACGGCAAAUGCAAAUCGCAAGCUGGGACAUCACAUCUAUUCCGAUUCAGAUAGCUCGUCAACGUCUGUCCACGAGCCCGAACCGGAGGAGGAGCAUGCGGCUGCAGAGAGUAAUGUGAGCGAUUCACAGAAUCAGCAAACGAUACGCACCAAGGCGGCCAUGAAAGAGUUUGUUCCAGGCACAACAGCUGCCACAUUGGCGACGGGCACCGCAACAGCGACAGCAACAACCACAACGACAACAACCAAAUCCAAAGGCAAUAACAAAGCGAAUAGCAGUAAGAGCAAUGCCACAACGUUUCCAGCGGUCGAUCUGCUGGUGGUGCCACAGCGACAGGCAGCCAAAAAGGCAUCCGAAAACAUGCGCAUAUCGACGAAUCUCGCGACAUCACUGCUGCCCGAUGCCUCCGAUCGUUUGCGUGAUCCGGAGCAGAGCAGCAGUGCUAGCGCAAGUGCGGGUAAUAGCAGUGCCAAGAGUAAAACGAAAGACUCGAGCUACCGGAACACGGAGGUGGACAAAGCGCGACCAAAGGAGCUGCAGAAAUCGUCGGGCAAAACGGCAGGUGAAACAACAGCGGAGCGUGGUAAACGCGGACGACCGCCGAAGGUGCAAAAGGACAAGGAGAAGGAGAAGGAAAAGGAGAAGGAAAAAGAGAAAGAAAAAGAAAAGGAGAAAGACAAGGAGAAGGACAAGGAGAAGGAAAAGGAGAAAGACAAGGAGAAGGUUGCCAGCUCCAGUUCCAGCACAACAACAACAACAGCUACAUCUGCGCCUGCUCCCAAGAACAAUGAAGUGGCCAAGCUGCAAAACUUUGCCGUUUCCUAUGUGCCGCAGCGACAGGCAGCCAAGAAGGCAGCCGAGCAGCUGAAGAACAGCGGCGCAGCCUUGGCCAAGGUUGCCCAGGAGUCGAGCACAGCGAAUGAGCUAAGCGAAAAGGAUGUUGCGCCCUCAACAGCAACAACACCAGCCACACCCACAACAACAGCAACGCCAGCAACGGCGACAACUCCGUCAAGCAAAACGUCAGCAAGCAAACAGCAGACAACGACGACGCCUGUGCGACGAGCCUCCCAACCUAAAGGAGCAGCCGCGUCGACGCUCCAAAGAGGAGCGCCGACGCCUGUCAAGCGACGCAUUGCGGCUCCGAACUUGUCGAGCUCUAGUUCGGGUGACAGCGACAGCAGCAGCAAUUCCUCCAGCAGCAACAGCGACAGUUCUAGCAGCGGAAGCGGCAGCGGUACGGACUCAGACAGCGAUAGCGAUGCUGUGGAGAAGCGCAAGUCGACACAAGCAACAGCUUCGUCAGUGGCAGCAGCAGCAGCAGCCACGCCCACAGCGACGUCCACGACGGCAGCGACAACCUCAACCUCAACCUCAGCAGUGCCAAAGCGUUCACCGCGCAAAUCGCUGGACAAGCCGCCACCAGUGGCGCCUCUGGCUGGUCGCACGCGACAGAUUCCACAACCAAAUCGCCAAAGAGAACACCGCAAAAAACAGGCGCCGGAGACGUCGCCACAUGUGCCUGCCACACCCAAGUCAACGGCUUCGCAACGCCGCAAAUCCUCGCUGGACGAUGCGGCCAAGCAAACGACGCCAACAACAACAACGCCAUCAGCGCCAGAGACAACAAAGCGUGCCACACGGAAUUCCAAGUCGCGUCCACCGUCGCCAACACCUCCGACACCAGUUGCCGCUGUCAAUGCCAAGGUCAGUACCGAGAAACCAGCGGCGGCGACGGUGACGACAGCAUCGAGACGCAAGUCUCGGGCUGAAUCGCCGAAGAAGACGCCACCGAAUCUGGAGCAUGAGAUAGCGCAACGCAAGGCGGCGACGGGACGAACGACGAGUGCGCUGGACAAGCUGCUCGAUAAGAAGCAGCAGCAGUUGAACAAUGCCACGCCCACACCGACACCAACGCCAACAUCGACGCCCACGCCGCCACCCAAGCUGCGUGCUCCAACUCCCAUUCAAGUGCCAGAGCUGCCAGCAGUCGAGGUGCCCGAAGUGCCAAACGAAAGGGAACGAGAGCGAGAGCAGGAACAACAGCGAUUGCCAGCGGAAGCCGAGGCUGGUGAACAGCCCAUGGACAUUGACGAGGAGCUGACAACGGCACCGACUCACACCCAGCUAUCGGCGAGUGCCAGCAAAUUGGCCGAACUCUCGGCGGACAUCGAUGAGCGACCGCCGGCAGCGCCGCUGCCUGCCUCGCCCACACCCACGCCCUCCAACGAUGAGCUGUCCGAUGACGCGGGCAGCGAUCACAGCGAUCGACGUCGCGGCAAUCGCUGGCGUUCACGACGCCGUCGACGACGUGCCACACGGGAUGAGGACGACGACGACGAGGAGGAGCAGCAUACGCAUCAUACGCAGCAUCUGUUGAACGAAAUGGAAAUGGUGCGUGAGCUGGAGGAAGAGCGCAAGAACGAGUUGCUGGCGAAUGCUAGCAAAUACUCGGCAUCGACAUCAUCGCCUGCGGUCACAGUGAUUCCUCCCGAGCCGCCAGAGAUCAUAGAGCUGGACUCGAACUCCAAUUCAGGCGAGCAGCAGCAACAGGCGCAGCAGCAACAACAGCAGCAGCAAUCGCAUCAACAGCAGUUGCAGCAGCAGCAGCAACAACAGCAGCUGCCACCAACCACACCAUUGCAAGUGGCUGCGCCGCCUGCCGAACAAAUGCCAUUGCCUUGCAGCGCUUUGGAGCUGGAUGCAGGGCAUCAGCCAAUUGUGGACACAAUACUGGAGAUGGAGGAUAGCAAGUAUGGCAACAAUUUCACCUCGAACCUGUCCAGUGUGGCAAGUGUGCUGAAUCCACCCAACUCGGGACCGCUUACCACACUCAUCGGUGGUGGCAGCAACAACAACAGCAGCAGCAAGCAAAUCUCCGAGGAGGACAGUGCACAGGCAACGCGUAAUCUGCUCGAGAAGCUGCGCAAAACGAAGCGCAAAGCAGCGCUGGAUGAGUGCAAGGAUUCGCUUGAUCUGCUGCCGCCAACACCUGCCAUUCCCUCAGUCUUUCCAUUCCAUAAUGCUGCCGAUCCUGAAGAUCUGAUACAUGCGCAAAAGGAGCUACAGCAACAACAGCAGCAACAACAACAGCAGCAGCAACAGCAACAAAGUUGUCUCUUUAGCAGCUCGGCGCCUAACUCGGUGGCCAGCCAGAUGACCAUCAAGGACUCACCGAUGACGGCGAAUAGCGGCGGCAGCUAUGCCAACAGCUUGGCCAAUACGCCAACGCAUGCUACGCCCACCACAAAUGCGAGCAACAACAAUCUGGGCUACAGCAACGUCGUCAACUAUCAGGCAACGCAGGCGGCGCUCAGUUGCUACCUAGACAAGGCCUCACCACAUCAGCAACAGCAACAACAGUUGCACCUCAAGCCAACGGCGAGCAAUGGCAACAAUCAAAGCUCGGCAGCAGCAGCUGCUGGGGCAGCAACAACGACGCCAACGCCUGACUUUGUGGACUUGGCAGCGGCAGCUGUGAAGAAUAGCCUGAGCGCCUAUGGAGCAGGAGCAGCAUCGGCAAUGCCCACGCAAACAUCGUCGACUGGCAAUCAGUUGACUGGCAGCGGCAACAACAACAAGCUGAGCGACUACGAUGAGAACACACGCAUGCAGUCGCCAUUUGGACGCAUGCAACGCUGGAAUGAAAAUGAUUUGAUAGCCGCACGACGCAGUUCGUCGCCCAGCUCGGUGUCCGAAUCGAAUGAUCAGCCGCCCAGCCAAUUGGCGCAGCAGCUAGACAAGAGUUUCUUCAAUAGCUACGCAGCGGCGGCGGUGAGUGCAGCCAGCGGUGGCACAGCGGCAGCAGCAGUUGCUGCCGCAGCUGCAGCAGCGGCCGCUGGCGGUGUGAGUGCCAACAACAAUAACAACAACAACAGCGGCAGCAACAGCGCCUAUGGCAGUCACACACCGUUGGUGAACGGCAUCGAUGCCAUGUCAAUGUACAACAACACGCCUCAGCAGCAGCAGCAACAGCAACAGACGACGCCGACGCAUGCGCAGCGCACGCCGAACAGUCAAUACAACGGCGGCAUCUAUCCGCAGCUGGCGGCCAUGAUGCAGCAGCAGCAGCAGGGCACGCCCACAGAGGCGGGCAGCCAACAGGGAAUGUAUGGCAAUAGCGGGACACCGCAGCAACCAACGACGCCGUAUGUUGGCACUCCGUAUACGACGCCCAACAUGACGCUGACCACAACACCGAAUCAUCAGUAUCAGCUGCAGUCGCCAGUCGAUGGCAAUAUGCCGCCAUAUCCGGGCACGUUGCUCAGCAGCUGUGCCGAGCAGCAGAUGCCACCGAUGAUGCCACCCACGCCCCCCGUGCAGGCUGUGCCACUGGAGCCGGUCUCAGUGCCGGUGACGGUGCCGGUGAAUGUGCCAGUGCCAGUUGCAGUGCCGCUUCCUGUGUCCGUGCCAGUGUCAGUGCCUGUGCCCGUGUCCGUGGCUGUGCCCAAGGAUGGUGUCUCGCCCAGCAAGCGCAGCAGCUCCAAGCAGCAGAAGCAACAACAGCAGCAGCAGCAACAACAACAGCUGCAGCAGCAGCAACAGCAGCAGCACAAAUCACCACAACUGCCGCAGGGCAAAUCACCAGGCAAGUCACCGCGACAGCCAACGGCAUUGCAUCCGCCGCCGACACCAACACCACCGAUGCCCUCACCUGUUGCCAAUGCAGCGCCCGCCAAAUACGAUCCACUGACGCACACGCUGACGGGGAAACUGCGACAGCGUGCGCCGCGUGGAAGUGGCGCUGCAGCGGGAAGUCGGGGACGCGGACGUGGACGAGGUCGUGGCCGUGGUGGGGCGGCGAGCAAUGCCAUAUUGCCGUUGCCGCCACCGAUGGCGGAUUACGGCAGCAACACGCACAUUGUCAACAAUCUGGUGGGCACGCCUUUCGAGUUCAACAACUACGAUGAUGAGUUGGCCGGUCCUGGUGUGGAGAAUCUGCAAUCGUUGCGCGAUCGUCGACGCAGCUUCGAGCUGCGUGCCACGCCCAACUCCGCCGGUGCAGCUGGACCGCCCACCACAAGCUAUGCCAGCUGCAAGCUGCGUGGCCAGAAUAAGUCGCAAGCGACAGGAGGAACUGCGGCCAGCAAUCCGUUGAUGCAUGAGAUUGUGCAGCCCGUGUUGCCGGGUCCCGUCGAUAUGCGCACCUAUAAUCUGGGCUUUGAGGCGCCGCACAGCACCGCCUCCCAGGAGGCGUAUCAGAACAAUUUGUUGGGUGCCUUUGACUCUGGAACAGCGGAUCAAACGCUUAGCGAAUUCGAUGAGGAGGAUGAGCGACAGUUUCAGUCGGCAUUGCGUGCCACGGGAACGGGCAGCAGCAGCAACAACACCAGCAGCAACACCAACAACAACAGUGGCAACAGCAGCAACACGUCGCCCAAUAAGCUGCCGACAACAGCGGCAACAAUAGUUGCAGCAGCAGCUGCUGCUGUCGCGGCCACAGCAGCCGGAGUGGGAGUCGGAGCAGUGUCUGGAGUUGGAUCAGUCGGUGCACAGCCAGCGGCGAGCAGCUUGCUCAACAGCGCAUUGCACUCGACGGAGGCGAAUCAAUCGGCGCCAAGCGUAGCGAGCAACACGCUCGUCUCUGAGCUGGUGCCCACGAUGGAGGCCUCGAUGGAGGCCACCUCGGAGGAGGUGUCCAUAGACUCGGACACAACGACGCUGACGACGAAGGCUUCGUUGUCGGAUGCACGCAAUCAACUCAAGCUGAAGAUCAAGGGACCACUCGCCUAUCCGGAUCUGCACUACAGCACGGUGACGAACAGCAGCAUGUCCAGUAGUUCAUUGGUGCAGGCGAAUGCAGUGCAGACAACGGUGACCGCACAGCUCACGGCGACGGUGGCCAGCACCUCGUCCUCAUCGAUGACUGUGAGCGGCAAUUCGAGGCGUAUGCGCAAGAAGGAGCUGCUCAGCUUGUACGUGGUGCAGAAGGAUACGCUGAAUGAUGACAGCUCUUGUGGUUUGCCAGCUGCAUCCGAUAGUUUGCCCCUGGAGAAUAUGCGCAAGUCUGAUGCCAGCGAACUGGACGAUGAGCAGCUGACGGGCGGUAGUUCGAAGCGCUUUAAGAAGAACUCAAGCAGUCGCGAGCUGCGUGCCUUGGAUGCCAAUGCGGGUCUGGAGGAGCAACUGUUGCCGGCGGGUGCUGGCGGCGGUGGCAACGAUGGACGGCGACGCAGCGCCUGCAGUUCGGGCAGCACGGACAAUGGCAAGACAGGUGCGGCAAGCAGUGCGGGUAAGCGACGGGGGCGCAGCAAAACGCUGGAGAGCAGCGAGGAUGACCAUCAGGCGCCCAAGCUGAAGAUCAAGAUACGCGGACUGCCGGCGGCGAGCGGAGAAACGAAUGCCGGUGUUGGCCUCAAUUCGGAGAGCAGCAAGUACAGCAGCUACGAGAUGACGCGACGAGCGUGUCCGCCGAAGAAACGUUUGACCAGCAACUAUAGCACACCAACGCUGGAGGAGAUCAAGCGUGACUCGAUGAACUAUCGCAAGAAGGUCAUGCAGGAUUUCGACAAGGGUGAGGAUAACAACAAGCGUGAGUUGGCCGGUGACAAUGAGACGCUGUUGGUCAAGCCGAAGAAGGAUAAGAAGGACAAGCCGAAGAAGGACAAGAAGGAGAAGAAGCGUCAUAAGCAGCAGCUCAUCCUCAACAGCAACAGCAGCACCACCAACACAACAACGAUGACCACAACGCUGAUUGAGAACACGGCCAGCGAUUCACCGGGUGAGAAACCAAAGCUGAUAUUGCGCAUCAAUAAGCGCAAGACGGAGACAACGACCACCACAAUGAUGACCAUCAGUAGCAGUGGCGCAUCGCAGGAACAGCCGCAAAUGGAGGCGCCGUUGCGCUUGAAGAUCGCUCGAGUCUCGGCCGGUGGUGUCUAUGCGAUUGGUGCCAAAUCGGAGACGAGCAAAGAACCAACUCCCACCUCGGUGGCAACAACAGCGUCGCCGGCAGCGGCAUCGGAACUUCCACUACUGCCACUAGUAGGUGCAUCGCCGUCGUCGGGCAUGAUGAUGCCGAACAGCUUUACGCCGCACUCGCAGAAUGCGAACGCAUCGCCGGCGCUGCUGGGCAAGGAUACGAGCACACCUUCGCCUCCCUGCCUUGUGAUUGAUUCCAGCAAGAGUGCGGAUGUGCAUGAUUCGACGUCGUUGCCGGAGAGCGGGGCAAGUGCAUCGGUUGGCAGUGGACUCGUUGGGGUCGGUGGUGGAGUUGUUGGCGUUGGGCCUACGACGCCGUUGUGCGUGAAUGUGGGUAACUAUGAUAAUAGCAACAAUUCACUGCCAUCGGCCAGCGGAUCGGGAUCAAGCAAUUCGUGCAACAGCAACUCGAACAACAAUAACAGCAGCAACAGCAACAACAAUAAUAACAACAACAAUAACAGCAACAGCGGCAGCGGCAACGGAACAACAGGCGGUUUACUUCCAUUGAAAAAAGACUGUGAGGUUAGAUGAUAAUCAUAUGUAAAGCAAGCAAGCGAUCGAGCGAGCGACCAAUCGAUAAUUAUCGAUCGAUCGAUUACUUCCAAACAGCAACAAGUGUCCUAAGUUACCCCCUAAACACAAAGCAACAAAAACACACCACCACACUCUCUUUCAGCACCACCUUAACCUCGACCUCAACCUCAACCUCGAACUCAACUUCCGCAUCCCUCAUCUUUCUCUUUUAAAUGUUUGUACAGCACACUCGAACAGUUCCCUAUACCUAUAAUACUAUCUUGUACAGUUAGUUUGUAAGUCCUACCAUCUACCACAAUCCUGCAAUCACUUCCCUUCUUUAAGUACUAUCUAUCUCUCUAUACAUAUAUAUAACUCUCGUCCCGUGUUUGUAAGGUUUGUUUUACACAGCUACACCGAGAUAUUAUUUCAAACGUAUUUAUAUAAAUGAUAAAAUGAUAACGAUAAAAAUGCCUCACAACACACUGCAGAAUAUAACCUACAAGCAAAACAAAUUACUAAUUGCAUAAUUGUACAUUUUAAUUAAAGCGAAUUUUAUAUAUAUACCUAUAUAUACAUAUACAUAUAUAUAUAUAUAUGAGAAUAUAUUUAAACUAGUUUAGAAUAUGUAAAAUACUGUAUUAAAGUUAUAUUUUCGCAUUAUGUUUAUGUUUAGCCUAAAUAUCAGAAACGAAACGAAACAAAACCAUAAAUAUAAUGCUCGGUUAUAGAACGGAUCAUGAUGUCGGGUCGGGAUUAUGAGACGUUAGCCUGCUAGUUAACCCACUUCCAUAAAAAUACCUACUCAUAUAUAAAGAAAAGCAAGUAAAAUCGUAAACAACAAAUCUAUAUAAACAUAUAUUAUAUAUAUAAAUACACAUAUAUAUAUAAAAAUAUAUAUAUAUAUUUUAAUUAUUUAUUAAUACCUAUUUAAAAAUGACACAACAAUGAGAAAUGCAUAAAAUAAUCAUAAAACACAACAUUAGCAAAAGAAUUUGUUAAAAAAUGAGAUGAGAAAAAAAACACAAAAAAAAAGAAGAGAAAACUUAAGCGCAGUUGUAGCCUUUAGUCAUUAAUUGUAGUUCUUAGCGAAAAUCAAAGUCGGCUGCCCCGGAUAACGAUGAUAGGAGGACGGAUGGGGCACUUGCCGCAACUAAGUGCAUAUAUAAAAAGCAACCAGCAACAUAUACCUAGACCUAAACCACAAACAAAUCGAAACAAAACCAACAACAACAAAUUUGAAGUGUUUGUAUUUUUAGAGUAUAAGUCAAAUUGUGUCGAGAAACUCCAAAAGUUACAGCAACAAAUUUAGUUUUCCGUUUUUAAAUUCUUAUUUUUUUAUAUAGUUAAUUUCAUUCUGUUUUUCGUUUUUUCUUUAAUUUUUUUUGUAGCAUCGCAGUUUAGCAAUAGCAAAAAGAAAUACAAGUAAAACAACAACAAAGACGCCUUUUGUCUAGGCCAAGUCAAAAAACACACACAAUAUAAAUAUUUGUGUAUAUGUUUAUAUAUGGUUAGGCAUAUGUUCGAUCUGAUCGAGCAUUCCAACUCGAGGAUUCUCUUUUAUUAUAUAUUAAAACAAAAAAACAAUGUAAUGUAACUCUUUUCAAAACAGUAUCGAUCACAAUGAACUUGAUUAUGUUUAACUAUAUAUAAAUAUAUAUCCAUGUAUGUAUAUACAAAUUUUAAUUUAACGCAAAGUUACACGACAAACUAUUAUGCAUAACAGGAAAAAAACGAAACAAAAAAACAAAAAAAAAAACAAAGUAAUCUACACAUACAAAAAUAUUUAUUCCAACAUAUUCAGAAAUUGUAAUCUUAGAUCUAUUGAAAUGGUAAAUUGGAAAAUUUACGAAGAUAAUUGUGUAAUUGUAAAUAAUUGUGUGUAUGCGAGAAAAUGUUUUUUAUUAUUACGUUCGUUCUAAUCUAAUUAUUAAUUAAUUCUGAUUAUUAAUUUUAAAUUGUAGUUUUAGCAAAAAUUUAAAUAAAAACAAAAAGCCUUAUUUAAAAAAAACAAAUCGACAACAAGAAUAUAAAAAAAGAA